AUGAACGUGGUUUGUGAGAGACUGGUGAUGGUUGGAGAGGCCAAUUGGCAGCCAUACUUGCCUCAGGACAGCUGUGGCCAAAAUAGUGACUUGCCGUCGGAAAUGGUGUGUAACUUUCGUGGCUCGGUGAAUCAGGGCCUGGCUCUGGAGGUGGGAGAGACCGUUCAGAUCCUGGAGAAGUGUGAAGGAUGGUACCGAGGAUUCUCCACCAGGAAGCCAAAUGUCAAGGGAAUAUUUCCUGCCAGUUACAUCCACCUGAAGAAAGCCAUCGUCACAAACAGAGGCCCCCAUGAGACGGUGGUCCCCCUGCAGGACCCCAUAGUGACUGAGGUGACGUCCACGCUGCAGGAAUGGGCCGUUCUAUGGAAGCAGCUCUACGUGAAACACAAGGUGGACCUGUUUUACAAAGUGCGCCAUGUGAUGCUGGAGCUGCUGGAUCUGAGGAGGCAGCUGCUGUCGGGGCAUCUGACACAAGACCAGAGCCGAGAGGUCAAGAGACACAUCACCGUCAGGCUGGACUGGGGCAACGAACACCUGGGUUUGGACCUGGUGCCGAGGAAGGAGUUCGAGAUGGUGGAUGAGGACCACAUAAGUGUCUCGGACCUCUAUAAAAUGCACCUGUCGAGCCGGCACAGUGUACAGCAGAGCACCACACAGAGCGAUAACUCGAGGCAGAGACAUGGAGAGCCGUGCAGGAUCCCAGUCCCACACCACCUGCUGGUCAACCUGAAGAGCUUCACCUACAACAGCAUCGGAGAGGACACAGACAUCUUCUUCUGUCUGUACGACUGCAGAGAGGCCAAGACCAUCAGUGAGAAGUUCAUGGUGAGACUUAACAAAAAUGGAGGACCAAAGAACCCAGAGAAAGUGGACCGGCUGUGUGCACUCUUCACGGAUCUGAGCAACAAAGACAUGAAGAGAGACCUGUACAUUGUAGCACAGGUGAUACGCACAGGGCGGAUGUUGCUGAAUGACAGUAAGAAGGGCCCUCCUCACGUGCAGUACCGCCGGCCAUACGGAUGUGCAGUUCUGGCCAUGAGCGAUGUACUCCAAACCAUCUCCGAGCUCAAAGAGGAGAAAGACUUUGUACUUAAAGUGUACACAUGUAACAAUGAGAAUGAAUGGUACCAGAUCCACGAAAACAUCAUCAGGAAGUCCAGUACAAAAUACACCACUCCCAGCAACAACUACGGGCUGAUCAUCUCUCUUCAGUUGUUGCGUGGGGACAUAGAUCAGGUGAGAAGAGAAAACCCAGUGAUCUUCAGCAGAGGAGUCGCCAUGACCCGCAAACUGGGCUUCCCCGAUGUCAUCAUGCCAGGUGACGUCCGAAACGACCUGUACCUGACCUUGGAGCGAGGAGACUUUGAGCGAGGAGGAAAGAGCGUCCAGAAGAACAUCGAGGUCACUGUGUAUGUGCUGUACGCAGACGGGGAGAUCCUCAAGGACUGCAUCAGCCUGGGGUCAGGAGAGCCUAACGUCCCUGAACACCGCUCGUUCGUCCUGUACCACAACAACAGUCCACGCUGGAGCGAGGUCAUCAAACUGCCUAUCCCUAUUGACCGCUUCAGAGGCUCCCACCUGCGCUUUGAGUUCAGACACUGCUCCACUAAAGACAAAGGAGAGAAGAAGCUGUUUGGGUUUUCCUUCACUCCUCUGAUGAGAGAAGAUGGGACCACGCUGUCAGAUGAAAGCCAUGAACUCUAUGUUUACAAGUGCGAUGAGAACACGACGUUCAGUAACCACGCCCUGUACCUGGGCCUGCCCUGCUGCAAAGAGGACUUCAACAGCUGCCCCAACAUCCCCUCCAGCCUCAUCUUCCAACGCAACACCAAGGAGAGCUUCUGGAUCUGCACACAGCUCUCCUCCACCAAGCUCACACAGAACGUGGAUCUUUUGGCCCUCCUCAAGUGGAAAGCCCAUCCAGACCGGGUCAUGGACAUCCUGGGACGCUUACGGCACGUCAGCGGGGAGGAGAUAGUCAAGUUUCUUCAAGACAUUUUGGACACUUUAUUCUCUAUUCUUGAUGACAACACAGACAAAUAUGGACCUCUGGUGUUCCAGUCACUGGUCUUCAUCAUCAACCUGCUCAGGGACAGUAAGUACUACCACUUCAAACCUGUGAUGGACACGUACAUCCAGAAGCACUUUGCUGGAGCACUGGCCUACAAGGAGUUGAUUCGCUGUCUCAAGUGGUACAUGGACCGCUCGGCAGAAGUGGUGAGACAGGAUCAUAUACAGGAAGCCAUGAGGGCUCUGGAGUACCUGUUUAAGUUCAUCGUCCAAUCUCGUGUGCUGUACGCGAGGGCCACCUGUGGGAUGGAGGAGGACCAGUUCAGGACCAGUAUCCAGGAGCUGUUCCAGUCCAUCCGCUUUGUGCUGAGUCUGGACAGCCGCAACUCCGAGACCCUCAUCUUCACUCAGGGCUCCCAGCCUUGCCCCAGUUCAAACCAGCCCCCCGCCCCCCCUCUUGGACCUCCCUUAGCUCUAGCCGGUGCCCUGGGUCAAACGUUCCCCUCAGGCCCCGGACAGGCCCCUGGUGGUGGGCAGGGGAAUUGCACCCAGGCCCUUGGCUCCGGUGCUGCGCGGGCCUCUCCUCUCUCCGCUGCUCUGCUCAACUCCUUCCCGGCCAUCUUUGACGAGCUCCUGCAGAUGUUCUCGGUGCAGGAGGUGGCUGAGUUCGUGCGUGGGACCCUGGGGAGCAUGCCGUCCACCGUGCACAUCGGCCAGUCCAUGGACGUGGUCAAACUGCAGUCUAUAGCCCGCACUGUGGACAGCAAGCUCUUCUCCUUCCCAGAGUCUCGGAGGAUUCUUCUGCCUGUGGUCCUCCAUCACAUCCACCUGCACCUCCGACAGCAGAAGGAGCUCCUCAUCUGCUCAGGGAUCCUCAGCUCCAUCUUCUCCAUCAUCAACAACUGUGCCAGGGAGAGCUCGGUGCAGGAGGAGGUGGAGAUGAUGGUGGAGUCCUUAUUGGACGUCCUCCUUCAAACGCUGCUGUCAAUCAUGAGCAAGAGCCAAUCGCAGGAGGCGGUAAGAGGCCAACGCUGUCCGCAGUGCACCGCGGAGAUCACUGGAGAGUACGUGUCCUGCCUCCUGUCCCUCCUUCGACAGAUGACGGACAUCCACUUCCAACGCAUGAUGGAGAACUUCCAGAGCAAAGACGAGCUCAAGGAGUUUCUGUUGAAGAUUUUGUGUGUGUUCAGAAAUCUGAUGAAGCUCAGUAUUUUCCCUCGAGACUGGAACGUCAUGCGGCUCCUCACCAGCCAUAUCAUCUUGACAACAACACAAUAUCUGUCUCCAGCUCUUCACAAGAACUUCACAGACGCCGAGUUUGAUUUUAAGGUGUGGAACUCUUACUUCAGUCUGGCCGUGCUCUACAUCAACCAGCCCAGCCUUCAACUGGAAAACCUGAGCCCCACCAAGAAGAAGAAAAUAUUAGACAAAUACGGGGACAUGAGAGUGAUGAUGACCUAUGACCUCUUCAACAUGUGGCAGAACCUGGGUGAAAACAAAAUUCACUUCAUCCCUGGCAUGAUCGGGCCGUUCCUGGGGGUGACUCUGGUCCCUCAGGUGGAAGUGAGGAACAUCAUGAUCCCAAUCUUCCACGACAUGAUGGACUGGGAGCAGCGCAAGAAUGGGAACUUCAAACAGGUGGAGGCGGAGCUUAUCGACAAACUGGACAGCCUGGUGUCCGAGGGCAAAGGAGACGAGAACUACAGGGAGCUCUUCAGUCUGCUAACCCAGCUCUUUGGGCCAUAUCCCAGUUUGUUGGAGAAGAUCGAGCAGGAGACUUGGAGAGAAACUGGAAUUUCGUUUGUGACUUCUGUGACUAGGUUAAUGGAGCGGCUGCUAGAUUACAGGGACUGCAUGAAAGGAGAUGAGACUGAGAAUAAGAAGAUCGGCUGCACUGUGAACCUGCUGAAUUUCUACAAAUCUGAGAUCAACAAAGAGGAGAUGUACAUCCGCUACAUCCACAAACUGUGUGACAUGCACCUGCAGGCGGAGAACUACACAGAGGCUGCGUUCACUCUGCUGCUGUACUGGGAGCUGCUUCACUGGGAUGAGCGUCCACUCAGAGAGUUCCUGCACUACCCGGCCCAGAGCGAGUGGCACCGCAAAGAAGGACUCUGCCGCAAAGUCAUCCACUACUUCAACAAGGGAAAGUGCUGGGAGUUUGGCAUCCCUCUGUGCAGAGAAUUGGCCUUCCAGUAUGAAUCUCUGUACGACUACCAGAGCCUCAGCUGGAUACGGAAAAUGGAGGCGGCCUAUUACGACAACAUCAUGGAGCAGCAGCGUCUGGAGCCUGAGUUUUUCCGAGUGGGAUUCUACGGCAGAAAGUUUCCCUUCUUUCUACGGAAUAAGGAGUUCGUGUGCCGUGGCCACGACUACGAGAGACUGGAGGCGUUUCAGCAAAGGAUGCUGGGAGAGUUUCCACAGGCCAUCGCCAUGCAGCACCCGAACCAGCCAGACGAGGGCAUCCUACAGUGUGACGCUCAGUACUUGCAGAUCUACGCCGUGACCCCGGUCCCAGAGAGUGUGAGUGUGCUGCAGAUGGAGCGAGUGCCCGACCGCAUCAAGAGCUUCUACAGAGUCAACAACGUCCGACGAUUCCGUUACGACCGGCCCUUCCACAAAGCCCCCAAGGACAAGGACAACGAGUUCAAGAGUCUUUGGAUAGAGAGGACGACCUUGAUUCUCACUCAUCCUCUGCCGGGGAUCUCUCGCUGGUUUGAGGUGGAGAAGAGAGAACUGGUGGAGGUGAGUCCUCUGGAGAACGCCGUCAGUGUGGUGGAGAAUAAGAACCAGGAGCUGCGCUCUCUGAUCAGUCAGUACCAGCACAAGCAGCUGCAGGGCAACAUCAACCUGCUCAGUAUGACCCUGAACGGGGUCAUCGACGCCGCCGUCAACGGAGGCAUCGCACGAUACCAGGAGGCUUUCUUUGAUAAAGAGUAUAUCACCAGUCACCCUGAAGACACAGACAAGAUCACACAGCUCAAAGACCUCAUGCAGGAGCAGGUGCACAUCUUGGGAGUUGGUUUAGCAGUCCACGAGAAGCUGGUGCACCCAGAAAUGCGUCCCCUGCACAAAAAGCUCAUUGAUCAGUUCCAGAUGAUGAGGACCAGUCUGUGCCAUGGCCUGCCUGGUUUGGAUAAACUGGGAAACACUCACAGAGGGAUCCUGACGGCACACAGCCCCAUGAGCCCCGAGAGCUUCAAACUCAUGCACCGACACAGUCCCAUAGCUGUUCUGACCCCGGUGCGCUCCUCGUCCUCUCUCUCUUCUCAAACCUCCAGCGAGACGGGGAACCUGGGGAACCUGCUGAUCCUGGCUGACGGUUUGGUGGUAGAACAUCCCGAGGAUUUUUACAGGAUGCAGGCAAGUCCCUCCUCCUCCAGCCUAAACUCCACCCACUCUGCUCCUCCUCAGAUGAUACACUCCGCCCCCUCCACCAUCAGAAUUGGCUCUCCGUCUCUGCCAGACAAAUACAGACACAACCGGGAGAUGCUGAUGCUGCUGCCCCCGACCAGAGAGCGCCCCAGCAGCGCCAUGUACCCCAACAUCAUGGACAACGGACAGCCGACCAAUCUUCAGAGAGCGUUAUUCCACCAGGUGAUCGGACCGUGCAAACCGUGCAGUGACCCCAACCUCUCUGUAGCAGACAAAGUACUAACAGCCCCCAGCAGCUGGAGUCUGGACAGUGGCAGCAGAGACCCCCUCCCCUUCCUGUCCGCUCAUGUGGGGGGCGUCAUGGCUCCGCCCGUCCCACCGCGCAACCUUCCCCAUGGCCAACACCUGUCGAUGCACUUUGACGCUUUCCACCACCACCACCAGAGCAGCGAGCUCCCUCCAGCUCUCCCCGCGCGCUCCUUACGAAAGUCGCCUCUGCACCCUAUACCUGCCUCGCCCACCAGUCCUCAGUCCGUCCUGGAUGGCAGUAACUCCACCUUAUCGGGCAGCGCCAGCUCCGGUGUGUCCUCUUUGAGCGAGAGCAACUUCGGGGGCACCUCUUCCGACCCCUCCGCCAGCCGCACCGACACCCUUGACUCCGCCCCCAGCAGCCAGGCCUGGACCACCGACCAGGAAGACUUGGACUCGCCCUACCAGCCCGUCCGCUACAGCGUCUCCGAACCCGUGGUGUUGGACGGUGAUAAACAACAGCCUUGCCGCAGCCUCUCCGCCCCAGGAACGGUGACCCCUCUCCAGCCCGGAAUUCAGAUCAUCCCCCCUGGUAUGGUGGCUCCGGACAUCCUCCACCCGCCGCAGCAUCAUAUUUACUACCAGCAGCACUUCCCGCACUACAUCCCCCACAAUCCUCCGCUCUACAGUCUCCACGAGCCACCCGCACUCCCGCCCAAGCCGUACGUCAGGGAGGGGUGCAUACCGGAGGAGGAGGGGCUAAGCACGCAGUCCCCGCCCCCUCCCGCGCCCCGGCCAAUGCCACGCAAGAUCUCGCAGCCAAUCAUAGCGGCGACUAAGGAGGAGCAAGCGAAAGUGGCCUGGGAGCACGGAGUGAGACAUGAGUAG